ACGUGUCUAUUAUUACACUGUCAACAUACUGAACUAUCUCCCAUUCCCUGGUCUCCUGCUUCUCAACUUCCCAUUGCACUUGCCUCUUCUUCCCGUAACCCUUUAACCCAGCCAUCUCUAUUACACCUUUCCCUUUCCACCAUGUGCUUCCUUAUUCUCCAUUCUAUUCUUUCUCUGAUUCUCCAGGCUCCGCCUACAUUCUAAAGGUAACUGCAAUUAUUGUUGCCAGGGUCAGAAUCCUCCCUUUCCUUGUCUAGCUCACAUACAACCACCUUCUCAUCUUCUUUCUGGUCUGCUCUCAGCUGAGCUGUGGGAGGCUUUGGGGGCUGGGAUAGAAAGCUAGAGCAGGGUAUUCUGGAGGUUGCUUUCCACUGUCAGGGGAAAUGACUAGUCACCAUGCAUGGCUGCUAGUGUUGAUUUUAUCCAGUGUUGUGAGUGGGAAUGCAGAUCAGAAACCACCACAGGGUUUUAGAUAUGCCUCUUAUGAGGUGACCAUCCCAAAGAAAUUGACCCCCAGAUAUGGAGAACAAAAUCCUCACAAUGUCACCUACCUAUUGCAAAUUGAGGGAAAAGAGCAUGUGAUUCAUCUCAAGCAAAAGAGGGGCUUUGUCCCUAAACAUUUCCCUGUCUUCACUUACAGUAAGGAAGGGGACCUCCAGACGGACUAUCCUUUCAUCAGAGAUGACUGCUUCUACCAUGGCUUUGUGCAAGGCAAGCCUUCCUCUUGGGUCACACUCAGUACUUGCUCAGGGGGCCUCAGGGGUCUGCUGCACUUAGAAAAUGGCACCUAUGAAAUUGAGCCUAUUCAGGCAUCUACUACUUCUCAGCACAUGGUAUAUAGGUUGGAAGAAAAGGAGGAUACUAUCCGUAUGAAGUGUGGGCUAACAGAGGAAGAACAACGUCGUCAAGAGGCCAUGAUCCCGAAGAGAGAGCAUUUACCAGCCAAACGUUCUGAAAAUGACUGGUGGACAGACUCCAGGACUAUACUGCUAUAUCGCUUAAGAAGACUGAUUUCAAGAAUCCAUCCAAUAUAAUCAAUGCAGGAAGUAAGCACACAGUAGAUCAGAGAAGUGAACAAUGCACUCACUAUAUCAAAAACUGAGAAAGGAAAUUAAGUAGAAUAAUAUGCAAACCUAUUUGUGUCUGUAAGGUUUU